AUUUGUAUUUACUAUUUAUAGGACUUAAAUUGAAAAUGCUAAUAGUUGCAUAACUCCUUUGCAAGUCCCCAAAACUAAGGGGACGAAAUUGAAAAUUUUCCCAUUAAAUCAGUUUUUGGGUUAACGCGUAAAAUACUAACCACGAGGCCUUCCAGAAAGCAACCCACUCUCACCUAUUUCAAACCCUUCAAACUUAAUUUUUCACACAAAUUCAUCUCUCUAUAAAUUAAUAAAAAUUGUUGAAUCACUUCACUAUCGGAAAGAAAUUUAUUGAAUCGGAAAGGAAUGGAGAAAAACCAGGAGCCGGCGAUCGGGAUCCCCUACAACGCGACCUACCAUGCUCCGGCGAUGCCCCAAGCCUACUACGUCGGGGAGAACCCUCACCAAGCCGGCGUAAUCCCUCCUAAUGCCAUCGUUGGGGAUCCAAAGGGUAUACCCCUUCAGCAAACGAUUUACCGCGAUAGCCCCGCCCCUUUCAACUGCGUUUACUGCGGCGGAUCAGGUCUCACCACCGUCAAGUCCAAACCAAGUUUGGCUGCUUUUGUUGGUUGUAUGAUGCCAUUUAUGCUCGGAUUCUGUUUUCUUUGUCCUUGCAUGGACUGCCUAUGGCACAAGUAUCAUUAUUGUCCAAGCUGCAAUGAGAAGGUUGCUAACUUUGAGAAAUCUGAUAUUUGUUUGGUGAUGGACCCUCCACAAUGGGAACAAAUGAGUUUUGCAUUGCCUGCAUGAAAAUCACAAAGUUCAUCACUGUCAUUGUAUUUGUUUACGCACUUAUUGAUUUGAUAAUAAACCAAAAUGUAAAAAUGUUUCUCUCUCUCUCUCUCUCACACGUGUACAAGGCUUGGAAGAGAGUAUUUUAGCAUCUUGUGUAUAGUCCUUGUUCUUGCAAUUUUCAACUAAAUGCGCAAUUGGUUUGUGAGGUUCACAUAUCUUGUAGUUUCAGUUUCUGUAAUUGGUAUCUCAGUCAUGAGCGAGCGUGGAUAAAACAGCGAGGUUUCUACUGUUAAUUAUCACAGUUUCUUUAGUUAUUUAUGGCGAUGCGUAUUUAUAUAGUUUAUUCUAUGAAAUACUUCAGUGUUAUUAGUUUAUUUUAAACUAUUCUGGAUAGAUAUAGAAUUUCAAUG